GCCAGAUACCUUUCCAGGCUGACUACCAAGCUCACUGAGGCUGAGGCAGCAGAAAGCCACAUCCAUGGACCCCCACCAAGUGCUGCUGGCUGCCGCGUACCUGCUGGGAACCCUGGUUGCUUUCUGCCAUGGUCAGUCCCGACUGGAUGACUCAGGUCUCCAGGUGACACUAAGUGGCCUCAACUCCAAAUGUCAGGGUAAACUGGAGGUUCAGAUGGAAGGCCUGUGGGGGACUGUGUGCAGUUCCAGUUGGAGCUGGAAGCAGGACCUCUGGAGAAAUCCCCAUCAAGCCUCUGGAGUGUGUCAGCAGCUGGGAUGUGGUGACCCCUUGGUCCUCGGCUACUUCUCUUUAUUGAACAGAUCCCAGAACCAGAUCCUCUGUCACGGACCCCUGGGGUCUUUCUCCAACUGCAGCAGAAACUCACCAGCCAGGUGCCUUCCACUGACCCUGAUCUGCCAAGAGCCCCUAAGGAUGACACCUCCACCCACAACUGCUCCACCCACCACCAUCCCAGAGCCCACAGCUCCUCCCAGACUGCAGCUGGUGCCAGGACACAAGGGCCUGAGGUGCGCGGGUGUGGUGGAAUUCUACAAUGGCAGCAGAGGUGGUACCAUCCUCUAUGAGGCCAAGGACAGACCCCUGGGCCUGGAGAACCUUAUCUGUAACGCUCUGCAGUGUGGAUCUUUCUUGGCACAUCUGUUGGAGCCAGAGGCAGCAGCAACGCCGGCUCCUGAAGAGCUGAAGGGCCCCAAGCCCUUGCCAAUUCGAUGGGAGGUGCAGAAUGCAAGCUGUGCCUCGCUGGAGCAGUGCUUCCAGAAAACGAUGCCCCAGGAGGGCGGCCAGGCCCUAUCGGUCGUCUGUUCUGGUUUCCAACCCAAGGUUCAGAGCCGCCUGGUGGGGGGCAGCAGCGUGUGUGAGGGCAUCGCUGAAGUGCGCCAGGGAUCACAGUGGGCUGCUCUGUGUGACAGUUAUAUGGCCAGGGGUCCAGCACGGUGGGAGGAGCUGUGUCAGGAGCAGCAGUGUGGCAACCUCCUCUCCUUCCGUGCGCUGGAUGCUGACAAGACCACCCCUGGGCUCAUCUGUACCCAGGAGAAGCUGUCUCGGUGUUACCAGCUUCAGAAAAGGAACACCUGCAAGAGGGUGUUCGUCACAUGCCAUGACCCAAACCCAGCAGGCCUGGCUCCAGGCACUGUGGCAAGCAUCAUCCUGACCCUUGUCCUCCUGGUGGUGUUGCUGGUCAUGUGUGGGCCUCUGAUCUACAAGAAGCUGGUGAAGAAAUUCCGUCAGAAGAAGCAGCGUCAGUGGAUUGGCCCCACGGGAGUGAACCAGACCGUGUCUUUCCACCGCAGCCACAGGGCAACUGUAAGGCCCCAGGUUGAGACAGCCUCUCCUGUGGAAAAUGAAUACAGUCAGCCUCCCAGGAACUCCCACCUGUCAGCUUACCCAGCUCUGGAAGGGGCUCUACACCGUUCUUCCACCCAGCCUGACAACUCCUCUGAUAGCGACUAUGACCUGCAAGUGGCUCAGAGACUGUAAGAGACCUUGGAACCAGCAACAAAAGGCCAAGCAGGGCCCUUCUGUCCUGAGGAGCUUUUGCCACUUGGAGCAUCACCUCUAUUUCCACCUCAGCCAGCACCUGAACAGAGGCCAAGGUCCUUUGGAAAAGCUCCUGGGCCCUGCAGUGGCAGGCCAGUUCCUAUUUCCCCCCAGGGCCAUGACAGCCUGGCUGCUUCCUCCAAGAGCCAACGCUCAACGAAUCAACCAAUCCUUCCAAGCAAAGACUCCAGUAUUCAGAGGGGUUCCCACCCUCUGGGGAGCAGUGACCAGUGGGGUCGGCUUUCUCCUUGGCCUCUGAGGCCACGAAAGAAUGACAAGGCAGCACACACCUGCGUGGGAGUUUAUUU